AUGGUCAAGCGAAAGGAACUUAGUGACGAUCUGAGAUCACAAAUAGUGAAUGCUCACAAAGAUGGUUUGGGCUACAAGGCAAUAUCCAAGCGUUUUGAGGUUCAUGUGGCUACUGUCCAGAGCAUCAUCAGGAAGCUCAAGACUUUUAACAAAGUGGAGAACCUUAAAAGACCUGGACGGAAGCCCAAAGUCUCUGCAAGGCAAGCGAGAUGUUUAGUUCGAGCUGCUGCUGUCAACCCCAGAAUCACCACAAAGGAGAUGCUGAAAGAUCUCAAUGGCCAAGGGACCAAGGUCUCGAGGCAAACCAUCCAGAGGACCUUGAAUAAGGCAGGAUUGAAUGGACGACGGCCACGGAAGACUCCUCUCCUAAAACCCAACCACACAUGA